AUGUCUGCCAACGGAACCAGUUCUUACCAUGCGUCCUCCACCAAGGAGGCCAUUCAGGCGGAGAAGGAGUUCGCAGCCCACAACUACCACCCCCUCCCCGUUGUCUUCGCUCGUGCUCAGGGCACCUCCGUUUGGGAUCCUGAGGGCCGUCACUACCUUGACUUCCUGUCGGCGUACUCUGCCGUCAACCAAGGCCAUUGCCAUCCCAAGUUGGUUGCUGCACUAGUCGAGCAAGCCUCACGGUUAACCUUGAGUUCCCGUGCCUUCUACAAUGACGUAUUUCCCCGUUUUGCCGAAUUCGUCACCAAGUACUUUGGUUUCGACAUGGUUCUGCCCAUGAACACAGGAGCGGAAGCCGUGGAAACGGCUAUCAAGAUUGCUCGUAAGUGGGGCUACAAGGUUAAGGGCAUUCCGGAGAACCAAGCCGUUGUUCUGAGCGCGGAGAAUAACUUUCACGGACGUACUUUCGCUGCCAUCUCUCUGUCUUGCGAUCCUGAGUCGCGUGAAAACUACGGUCCCUACCUGCCAGGUAUCGGAUGCACAAUCCCUGGGACAAAUAAGCCCCUCAAGUACAAUGACAAGGAAGCCUUGCGGGAGGCCUUUGAGAACGCGGGACCCAACCUUGCCGCCUUCCUGGUAGAGCCUAUUCAGGGCGAAGCAGGCAUUGUCGUUCCCGACGAUGACUAUCUGCGGGAGGCGAGAGCUCUGUGUGAUAAGCACAAUGUCCUCCUCAUCUGCGAUGAGAUUCAGACGGGUAUCGCCCGUACAGGCAAACUGCUCUGUCAUGAGUGGAGCGGAAUUAAGCCCGACCUGGUUCUGCUGGGCAAGGCCAUCUCCGGCGGCAUGUACCCUGUGUCUUGUGUCUUGGGUCGCAAAGACGUCAUGCUCACCAUUGAGCCUGGUACCCACGGUUCCACCUACGGCGGUAACCCUCUAGGCUGUGCAGUGGCUAUCCGAGCCUUGGAGGUCGUUCAGGAGGAACACAUGGUUGACAGAGCUGAGAAACUCGGUCACGUCCUCCGCAAGGGUCUGGAGGCUAUCCAGAGCCCAGUUAUCCAGACCGUUCGUGGCAAGGGAUUACUCAAUGCGAUCGUCAUUGACGAGUCCAAGACCAAUGGACACACUGCUUGGGAUCUCUGUAUGCUGAUGAAGGAGAAGGGCUUGUUGGCCAAGCCCACCCAUCAGAACAUCAUUCGCCUUGCUCCUCCGCUCGUGAUCACUGAAGAAGAGAUCCAGAAGGCACUGGAGAUCAUCGCACAGGCUGUUUCUGAGCUUCCAAACCUCAAGGGUGAGGCAGAGGACAAGAUCAUCCCAGGCCCAGAGAAGAAUGUCAAGAUUAACCUUGACAAUUAA